AUGGAGGAAACCCGGAUGCUGUCAUGGGGCGUUUUUCGCUCCCUCCUCGCGAUCGUCCAGUGGUGGGGGUUUAAUGUCACCGUAAUCAUCAUGAACAAGUGGAUCUUUCAGGUUCUCACCCGGAGCUCCAGUUUCUCGUCAAUUUUCUGUCCUAUCGUUCUGAAAUUUAUCUCUCCAUGAUUUUUUUUAAUAUUUAUUGAUUGAAUUCAUUUUUUGGUGGUCAUCGAGUUGACCCGAUUUUUGACCUUCUCUUUAACUGAGUUCAAACUAAAGGAAACUCUAAUUUCGUUUGUCCGAGUCCAUCCACUUUUAUUCCCUUGUGUUCUUGUUAAAAUUCAAAGGAUUUUUUUUCACGAUGAAGAUUUGCAGCUAGAUGAAUGGGCGUUACCUUUUUGAGACAUUAUCUUCUUUUCUGUAUUAUUUUUGUUUCAAACCGACGUUGACUUUUUUAUGCUUGGAAUUCGAGAGUGUGUGAUCCUACGUUGGUUAAUUGAGUGCAUGGUAACGAUGACUGUAUCCCCUUACUUCCUACCAACAUAAGAUGCAUAUGAAAAUAGUCAUUUGGAUUUCAGGAACUUAGAAGGUUAUGAAGAGCUCUGAGCAUCAACGUCAAUGUCACAGUGUUGUGAUCUCUUGGUCUGCUGUUAGAAUCCUCGCCCAAAAAUAUUAUGUAACAAAGCUUAGAUCCUGGAUUCACAUACGUUCACCUAUCUCGAAACUGGUUCAUAUUAGAAAAUAUAGGGGAUGUGGUUGUCUGGGAUCUGUAUCAUCUAAAAGCUCGUGGUGACUCUGCCCUCUAUCUUGUCUCCAUCUUUCACACAUUUGAUAUGAAAUAGAUGGUAGCCUCGUGCUCAGCUGACCGUUGGGAGUGUUGAGGGUGAUCACCUGGCUGAGCAUACGCCUAAUUUAAAGGAGCUACAUCCACUUGUGGACUUUAUACCUGCUUUUUAUUUAUUGCAUUUGGAAGGGUCAAAAGGAGAAUUAUAUCAUAAAGACGUACAACAAUGAAUGUUAUUGCGUUUAUUUCUUUUGCACAUGAGGAUUAUAUAGUUUAGGAUAUUCAGCCUUUGCUUUUUUUUUUAAUUUUUUUGAGGGAAUGCUCAGCUGUCAUACCACAAGGCAGUAUCUGUUGAAACUGUGGAAACACUACCGAGACCUUUCGGAUCGAUUUGGAGUUCCAUAUACUUUUGCAGAAAAUCGAGGUGUAGUGUCAGGGCCGUAGCCAUUUGAUCUAAUUCGGAUCCCCAUUUAGAGAUUGGAACCCCAUUCUGGUGCACCCAAUUAUGUAAUAACUGAACCUAGUCUGGUAGAUUGGGUAUAGUCUGUACUUUUGACAGAAAUAUGUAGCAUGAUUCCUCCAAGAAAAAUGCAAUAGAUCAGGAGAGGUGGGCCAAUAGCAAGCAUCCAUUAACUGCUUGGGCCUAUCAACUGAGUUCACAGGAGUUCCUCACAUAAAGGAGCUCGAUAAGGACACGGAGACAAUUGCAGCUGAUUCAGAUCAAAGAAGCGUCUGCUGUCUUAAUUUUAAUGCCAUCUAUUUUGAGCCUUUGACUGAAGGAAUGAUGUGUUGGUCGCCUGAGGUGAGUUGAUAUGGUUGAUGACAGUCCAGUGUAGGCUGUUUUCAUUUAUUUUUGUGAUUAUAAUUUAAUCCCUUUAAUUUAGCUGGCUUUGUCAUUCCAUUAAUUUUAUCUCUCCUGACAUACUUGUUACAUCUAUCAAGUUUCUGGUUGGUUCUCAGAUUGAUCUGUGCUGCAGGGCCACGUCUCUGUCAGCAAUUGUGUUCUCAUGUUGACUGGAAUUAGUAUUUUUCUUGUGUUAACUAUGUUUGUCAUGGUACAAUCAACCUGCCAUAUGAUCGUCAUCAUAUAUAUUUGCGCCGAAAACAAUGAUUCCAGUGGAACAUAUUAGUGAAAACACUGGCCUAAGUAUGUUUCCAUCCUACACAAUUAUGGAUGAUGAUCAUGGCUGCUAUUCUAGUCGUUCGGGCUUCUUCUUUCUUAUCAUGGACGUUGUUCGUUCUAUCAGCAUGGUAACUCCUUUCUGUCAGCUUUAUAUGACCAGUGUUUUCAUUCAUAUUCCAUUGGAAUCAUUGUUUUCAGCGCAAACAUAUAUGAUGACGAUCCUGGUAUCUAUUCUAGUCGCUGAGACUUCUUUUUUUUUUUUUUGAACGCUGUUCAUCUUAUCAGCAUGAUAACUCUAUGGUGUCUUUUUUAUUAGUGCGAGUUCUCUAGAUACGAAGCUUGGGACUGACGUUUCUGAUCUACUAUUUGUUGUUUUGGAUACAGAAACUGGAUUUCAAAUUUCCCUUGACCGUCUCAUGUAUUCACUUUAUAUGCUCCUCUAUUGGAGCAUAUAUUGCCAUCAAAUUGCUGAAGAUUAAACCACUAAUUGAGGUUGAUCCAGAAGACCGUUGGAGAAGAAUAUUUCCUAUGUCGUUUGUCUUUUGCAUCAACAUCGUUUUGGGGAAUGUGAGCUUGCGUUACAUUCCUGUCUCCUUCAUGCAGACAAUUAAAUCAUUCACACCUGCAACGACAGGUUAAUUCGGAUCUCUACCUCAUAAUUAUAUACAAAUCAUGUUCAUAACGUAAGAAAGAGAGUUCACCUGUCUAAUCUUGUUCUUGCGCUAAGCAGUGAUUUUGCAAUGGGUUGUGUGGAGAAGACACUUUGACUGGAGAAUAUGGGCAUCUUUGGUACCAAUUGUUGGAGGAAUCCUUUUGGCCUCUCUCACAGAGCUUAGUUUCAACAUACUUGGAUUUUGUGCUGCACUAUUUGGUUGUUUGGCUACUUCUACUAAAACUAUCUUGGCAGAGUCUCUACUUCACGGGUACAAAUUUGACAGGUAAUCCCCCCUCUUUGGAGUUAAUCCAUAUGCUUCUCCUUUCCUCUACGUGUGAUGCCACUGCCAUUUCUUUUUCUAGUGAACGAAUGAACGAUGAGAUUUUAUUUUUUUCUGAUCAAGAUGGAGAAAGAAUAAAUAGCAAACUAAACUCUGGAUUACGUUUAUUUCAUUUUAAAGAAAUGAUAUAUCCGUGUGCCGCUGAUGUGCUGCGAUCAGUGUUGUCGUCAAGUCACUAGUUUGGUAUUUAUUGCUACUUUUUCUCUCGUGCCUUGGUUUAACCUUGUGGACUGUUUAUCGAACAUAGCUUAGCAGGAAAUACUCUUUUCCUCUUCGUGCCUUGGUUUAAUAUUCUGUUCUCUUAUUUGCCAAAUGAAAGAAAAAGACUGGCGCAUUCACGUAUACACAUUCACUUUGAAAUAAUUUGCUCUCUCUCUCUCUCUCUCUCUCUCUCUCUCUCUACAGGUCUAUAUUCGUAUAAAAAUAUUAUAUUUAUAUUUAAUUGAUUCCGUGGGCCUUCUGAUGUCUGUAAAUAUCUCUUUUAAUUGGUGGUGCAUGAAACACUUAUCUGAUGUAGCAUAAACACGGUCUACUACAUGGCACCGUUCGCCACUAUGCUCUUGGCGGUGCCGGCGAUACUGCUGGAAAGUGGCGGGGUGGUAACGUGGCUCUACACCCACGAGUCCGUCGGGUCAGCGCUCGUCGUCAUCCUCGGCUCCGGCGUCCUGGCCUUCUGCCUGAACUUCUCCAUCUUCUACGUCAUUCACUCGACCACCGCCGUCACCUUCAACGUCGCCGGCAACCUAAAGGUCAGCCCAACCUACCCGCUCCCCCGUUGACCACCGUGACCAGGACUCUCUCUCUCUCUCUCUCUCUCUUCUGACUACGGCAGCGCAGGUGGCGGUGGCGGUGAUGGCCUCGUGGGCGGUCUUCCGCAACCCCAUCCCGGGGCUGAACGCGUUCGGCUGCGCGGUGACGCUCUGCGGCUGCACCUUCUACGGCUUCGUGAGGCACAAGCUGGCGCAGCAGCCGGGAACCCCUCGGGCCCCCGCCAACCGGGACGUGUUGGAGCUGCUCCCCCUUGUAAAUGAGAAACAGGAUAAGGCUUAA